CCAACCUCAUCAACACACAUCAAAUCCCACUCUCUCCUUUUAUUACUACUUCAACGCUCUCUCACUAUGCCAUUGCCAGAUCUCUCGUACUCCAUUGGGAGAAGAGAAGCGUGCACUUUUGUUUUUCUCUUCUCUUCUGUUCUUCCCCUUUGAUUCUUCUCCUCUAGGUGUUUUUCUACCUUUCUGUACUUGUUUUCCUUUCGUGAUCUUUCGCCGCAUACACAACCCUUUUUCUGAUUUUCCUUCAACACAUGCCCACCAAACCCUGUUGCCAAAAACAGAGUCUUUUUGGAGAGAAAAUGGCGAAUGCGGUGGAAAAUGAAAAUGGGUUGACGACUAUGACGAUGAUGUUCAGUGAUGAUGAGUUGAAGGAGGUGAGUGGGGUGAAGCAAGUUGGUGGAGAUUAUGUGGAGGUAACGUGUGGAUGUACCAGCCAUAGGUAUGGUGAUGCUGUUGGAAGGCUUAGGGUUUUUGUUAAUGGAUACCUUGAAAUCUCUUGUGAAUGCACCCCUGGUUGCCAAGAAGGCAAGUUGACCCCUGCUGCUUUUGAGAAACACUCUGGAAGAGAGACAGCCAGGAAAUGGAAGAACAAUGUCUGGGUAAUAGUCAAUGGUGAGAAGGUUCCAUUGUAUAAAACAGUGCUGCUCAAAUACUACAAUCAAGCAUUAAGAACAGCACAUGGGUCUGGACGUGCUUGCCACCGUGAUGAGUUCAUUCGCUGUACUAGAUGUAACAAAGAGCGCCGGUUUCGCCUCAGAACUAAAGAGGAAUGCCGCCUUCACCAUGAUGCUUUGGCUGAUCCAAAUUGGAAAUGUUCUGAUCUUCCGUAUGACAAAAUUACAUGUGAUGUUGAAGAAGAGAGAGCAAGUCGCAGAGUUUACAGGGGAUGCACUGGUUCUCCUGCAUGCAAAGGAUGCACUUCUUGUGUGUGCUUUGGCUGUGACAUUUGCAGAUUUUCAGACUGCACUUGCCAGACUUGCACUGACUAUACAAGGAAUAAUGCCAAUGCUUGAGCUCAGAUCUUGUUUCCUCUUUUCUGAUUUUUGGUACCCUUUAUCUUCGUCUGGACUGAAUUACUUACCAGUCCUAGUUUAGCAUUCAAUGUUCUCACUGGCUGGAUUAUUACUUAUUAGUUCCAAAUUAAUGAUAUGUGUUUCUUUUCUGCUUUGUUAA